AAAAUAGAUUUCUCUUUCAAAAAUUCCAACUUGGAGUGUGAGAUUUUUGAGGCAGGUUAACAAAAUUAACUAGAAAAUAUGGCUUUCGGAGACGUAAAAACCCCACAAGGUCUUAAGGAAUUGAACGAAUAUUUGGCUGAUAAGAGUUAUAUCAAUGGAUAUACUCCAUCUCAAGCUGAUGUACAAGUGUUCGAGGCAGUAGGAAAAGCUAUUGCCGCUAGCCUGCCUCACGCGUCUCGUUGGUACAACCAUAUCGCGUCUUACACACCGGCGGAGCGCAAGUCAUGGGCCGCGGGAGUGAGCCCCCUAAGCGCCGGAGGCAAGCCUACCACAGCUGCCCCAGCAAAGAAAGUGGAGGAGGAUGAUGAUGAUGACGUUGACCUAUUCGGCUCCGGAGACGAGGAAGAGGAUGCGGAAGCUGCGAGAGUUCGUGAAGAGCGCCUCAAAGCCUACGCAGACAAGAAGUCAAAGAAACCCACUCUUAUCGCUAAGUCCUCCAUCCUCUUAGACGUCAAACCUUGGGAUGACGAGACAGACAUGAAAGAGAUGGAGAAACAAGUCAGAACAAUCGAAAUGGACGGUCUUCUGUGGGGAGCGUCCAAACUUGUCCCAGUGGGCUACGGUAUCAACAAGUUACAGAUCAUGUGUGUCAUUGAGGACGACAAAGUAUCUGUCGACCUUCUGACUGAAAAGAUCCAAGACUUCGAAGACUUCGUCCAAUCAGUCGACAUUGCUGCAUUCAAUAAGAUCUAAGCACAUGCCAUAAUUUUUUUUUUUUUGCAAUAAAUAAAAUCAUUUUAU